AUGUCCGGCGGGUCCAAUGACGGUCCCCAAGCAGGCAAUCCGGCCUCUGCAGAACAGCAUCCUGAGGCUACCGCUGGCCAAGGCGAUGACAAUGCCAAUGUGAAUGGUUCUGAGCUUCCUAUAAGAGGCCCGACGCCCGGUAAUGACCAUGCCAGGCAAAAUGAAUCUGCGGAUCAUGAGGGAGAGAAGGAACGGAACCCAUCUCAGGAUGAAGGUCAUAACCAAGACCACGGCCAAAGUCCUGGUCAAGAACAGAAUGAGGACCAAGACCAGGACCAGAGACAUACAACCGGCCCAGUGCAACAGAUCACCGGUCUGAAGCACAAGGUCACUGACAAGAAGGACAAACUUAAGACAAAGACUCAUCCUCCAGGCGGUUUUGACGACACUCCCCUGCCGGACGCCCCGCCCGGCUACACCGUCAAGUUCACGUUUCACAAGGCCACCAACUUGCCCGCUGCGGACAUUGGCAGCGCGUCUUCUGAUCCUUUCAUCCACGCAACCCUAACUACGGCAGCCCCAAAACGGCACAAGGAAGACCCCGACCUCUCUCGGCGGACACGAACCCUCCGCAAGACGACCGAGCCCGCCUGGGAGGAGGAGUGGGUGGUAGCCAAUAUUCCAUCUUCUGGAUUCUCGCUCAAGUGCCGCCUGUAUGAUGAGGACUAUCAAGACCAUGACGACAGACUCGGCAACGUGACCGUAAAAGUGCAUCACAUUGAUGAGAAUUGGAAGGGAUUUGGCCCCGAAGGCCAGUGGUUUGAUGUGAAGAAGCGCAUGGGUAGUAAGCGUGCUUACUUCUUCAAGGCCAUCACCAGUGGCGUAGACAGGAAGGUUUCCAUGACCCCACGACUACUCAUUGGUGUCGAAGUGCUUGGUCGUUCAGAGGGCAAGGGGUCACAAGUAUAUACUAUGGCCCCUACCUUUUGGGUUAAACACUACAGUCCCAUGAUUGGCCGCUUGACAGGCAUCAAGGUGAAUAAAGACGACAACAGAGAUGGGGGCCACUCUGAGGAUCCCGAAGACAAGCAGACCAAGAAAUAUGACUUUCAAGCAAACGAGAUACAGCUAUCUGGGCCUAUUCCCGAGAAGCUAUAUCAUAGAUACGUUGAGUUCCGGCCGGUCAUUGGUAUGAUGUUCUCCAGCCAUGGCCUACGAGGCAAGAUCCUGAAUAAGGCCCUACACAAGCAACAUCGGCGGGUCUACAAUUAUGACUCAACGACACAACACGGGACAUUCAAACCGCGUUCCGAAGAGGCAUCGCUACAGUUUCUCAAAAUGGCCCAUUUUGACGAAGGUGGAAGAAUAUUCACCUAUGUGUUGACAUUGGACGGCCUUCUGCGCUUCACUGAGACUGGCAAGGAGUUCGGGAUUGACCUAUUGUCAAAACAUACAAUGCACUCUGAUGUUGCUACUUAUAUCGCCUGCUCUGGAGAAUUCUUUAUAAGACGGCUGGCCAAACCCACUUCUUCCGAAGAUCCCAAGCCUAAGGAGGGCACGCAUCCUGACAAGGAACUUCCUGGCGGCCCACCGGAAGAGCCACCGCCUUCAAAUCCGAAAUACUACCAGCUUAUCAUCGACAAUGAUAGCGGAACAUACCGUCCUGACAAGUCUAUUCUUCCAGAUCUGAGGUCAUUUCUAGAGCAGAACUUCCCCGGCCUGGGAGUUAUUGUCAUGCAUUGUGAAGACAAGGAACUUGCGAAACUGAAGGAAGGCCAGGUCAAGAUCAAGAAACAAGAGGGCAAGAUGGUCCACAUGGUACUCAACCGGAGUCCAAGCGCGAGCAGUUUCAGCAGUGAUGAUGAGAGUCGACUUGGAGAUAUUGAGGCCGCGACAGAUGAUGCAGUUCACAAGAGCAAGAAGGAGACUGCUUGGGAUAUGGUAGAAGAUCCUUCUAAGGUGAAGUCAUUGAAGAACAUUAUCAGUCCUAGCGCGGCGGGCGGUUCAGUAGGGGCGGAUAGCUAG